AUGGUGGACGCAACAGAGGAAGCAACCAGACAGGCAGAGGAGUAUAAGGCUGAGGCGAACAAAAACUUCAAAGAUAAGCACUAUGCGGCGGCUGUGGUGGGCUACACCCAGGCCAUCGAGCUGCGGCCGCAGAAUGCGAUCUAUUGGGCCAACCGCGCGGCCGCACACAUCCGGCUGGAGGAGUAUGGCUCGGCCAUUGCGGACGCUGGCCAAGCCAUUGAGGUGGACCCUGAUUACAUCAAGGCGUACUACCGGCGCGGCGACGCCAACUUUGCUCUGGGCAAGUUCAAGGACGCCCUGAAGGACCUGCGCACGGCGGCGAAGCGGGCCCCGCGGGACCCGGACCUGCGGCGCAAGCUGGCGGAGUGCGAGAAGGCGGUCAAGCGCCUCCGCUUUGAGGAAGCACUCGCGACGCCGGAGUCUGAGAUCACGCACGUGAGCGACACGAUUGACCUGGCGUCCAUGGAGGUGGAGGACGGCUACAAGGGGCCCCGCAUGCAGGAGGACGGCGAGGGGGGCUACGUCAUCACGCGCGACUUUGUGGUGGCGAUGAUGGACGAGUUCAAGCAGCAGCGGCUCAUCCACCGGCGUUUCGCCUUCCAGAUACUGCUGCAGGCGAGCUUGGGAUUGUUUUCGCACACGGCGCGUGCUCUGCUGCGGGAGCUGCCGUCUUUGGUGGACAUACCGGUGGCGGACGACGGGCACAUCACAGUCUGCGGGGACGUGCACGGGCAGUACUACGACCUGCUCAAUAUAUUCGAACUCAACGGGCUGCCUGCACCAGACAACCCAUACCUCUUCAAUGGUGACUUUGUGGACCGGGGGUCAUUCAGCGUGGAGGUCAUCUUCACGCUGCUGGCCUGGAAGGCGAGGGGGCAUACAGCAUAG